AUGAUUGAAAAAUACUUUUUUAAUAUCCAAGGAUUUAUAUGAAUAGGUAAUAACGGACCAACAGCAGGAUAUAGAGGUUCAGGAGGAACAGGAUUACUAAUUCACAAAUCUUUAGCAAACAAAAUCAACAAUAUACAAUCCCAUAACCAUAGAAUAACUGCAGUGAUCAUAGAAAAUAAUUUAAUUCUAACAGUCUAUGCGCCAGUUGUGACAAAUCACCAAAAUGACAAAUCAGUAGAUGAAUAUAUAAAUUUAAUGACAGAAAUCCAAAAAGUAAUUUUAGAAAAUCAGAGGAAUUAUAAAAAUGAUCUCCCAGGGAAGAACUUUAUGAAAUUUAUCAAAGAUUCAGGAUUUUUUAUACUAAACGAAAAAAGAUAUUUCUACCUACAGAGGAAGAAACAGUCAUACAAUCAUUGACUACUUUAUAUCAAACUCAUCAAGCAAAUUAAGAUACAAAGAAGUUCCACAACUAAAUACAGAUCACACUCUGAUACUAACGUGCCUUCAAACCAUAAUGAUUCAAGUAAAUCAAAAAUUUAUUAUCCCCUGAUAUAA